AGAUAGCACAAUAAUGAUAAUGAUGAAGCUAAAAAAUCUAAAAAAGAAAAAAGCAAAUAGAAAAAAACAAUAGAGUAGUUCAAUUGAAUCAUUGAUCCAAACAUUCACCGUUGAUUCAUCCAUCACUCUCUUCAGAACCAGAAUCAAAAUCAACGAUUCAGAAUGGGUAUACUCUACGCGCUGGUGGCGCGUGGAACAGUGGUUCUCGCGGAGUUCACCGGAACAACAACCAACGCCGCUGCAAUCGCGCGGCAAAUCCUCGAGAAGAUUCCGGGAAACAACGACACACAUGUUUCGUAUUCACAAGAUCGGUAUAUUUUUCACGUGAAACGGACCGAUGGACUCACCGUGCUUUGUAUGGCGGAUGAUAGUGUUGGACGGAGAAUUCCGUUUGCGUUUCUUGAAGAGAUUCAUCAGAGGUUUGUUAGGAGUUAUGGACGUGCGGUUUUGACUGCUGAAGCUUAUGCCAUGAAUGAUGAGUUUUCUAGGGUUUUGAAUCAGCAGAUGGAGUAUUUCUCUAGUGAUCCGAAUGCUGAUAGGAUUAAUCGGCUUAAAGGUGAAAUGUCUCAGGUAAGAAAUGUUAUGAUAGAAAAUAUUGACAAAGUUUUGGAUAGAGGUGAUAGAUUGGAAUUGCUGGUGGAUAAAGCUGCUAAUAUGCAAGGAAAUACAUUUCGCUUUAGAAAGCAAGCUCGUCGCUUUAGAAGCACUGUCUGGUGGAGGAAUGUCAAGCUCACGAUUGCACUCAUAGUCAUCCUAAUUGUGAUAGCAUAUGUUGUGUUGGCUUUUGUUUGCCAUGGGCCUGCACUACCGUCUUGCUUCUAGUGAAUGGUUGGAAAAUGAGUGUUAUGUGUCUUUUCAUAUCAUCUCUGGCUUGAAGAUGUCACUUCUAUUUAUCUUCAAUUGUGGCGGGAACUACCAUUUGUUUUCAUUUCAAUUGUUGCUGGGCUGUCAACAUGUGUGCUAGCGAAAGCCUUGCAACAGAUUUCUGGUGUUUUGGGUGAUAUUUUUCAUUACCGAGGUUUCAAGGAAAAAUAUUGUGUAUCAUAUCUUUUAUGUAUUAUAUAUAUAUAUAUAUAUAUAAUAUAACCCCAAAAAAUUGGAGAGAACUGGAACAUACAUCAUUGGGAUUUUGAAUUAUUUAAAGUGUUGUUAUAGCUUGAUGGGUCAUCUGUGCUCCCUUCUCUUUUUGUUCAAGAGGAGUAAGGGUAAACUUUUCAAUUUUAUGCAUCCCUUCAUAGCUCAUUGAAGGUCGAUUUUUAACUCCA